AUGAUUCGUUUACAAAAAAUGGCUAUCGUUCAUGUUCCAAAGUUAUAUUCAAGUAAUCAACCAAUUGAUUUGUUAUAUGUACAAAGUACUGAUAAAAAUUUAAUGGUACCAGUUGGUGGAGCUGUAAUCGGUGGAUUUUCUACUGAUUUAGUUGAUUUUGUCGCCAAACUUUAUCCCGGUCGAGCUUCAGGAUCACCAACAUUGGAUGCUUUUGCUACAUUACUUUAUCUUGGUAAUAAAGGUUGGAAUGAUUUAAUUCAACGUCAAUCUAUAUGUUUCAAACGAUUACAUAAUGGAUUAAAACAAUUAAGUGAAAAAUUUAAUUUAAAAUUAUUAGAUACUUCAUCCAAUCCUAUUUCAUUAGCAUUAAGCUUAGAAAAUCUUCUUCCUAAAACAAUUACUAUACAGAAAUUCGGGAAAAAUAACAUGAUAGAAGAUAAUCAGAAAAGAGAGAUAUUUCGUCAACUAACACAAAUUGGUGCUAAUCUAUUCACACAAGGAUGUUCAGGUGUAAGAGUUGUUCUACCGGCAUCUAUGCAAAAUUCUAUCAAAUUAGAUGUUUAUGAAUUUGAUGGAUUUAAUUCACAUAGUUCCACAUCUAUUAGACCAUAUAUUAAUGCAGCUUCAUCAAUUGGUCAAAAUGAAUAUGAAAUUGAUGUAUUUAUUAAAAAACUUGAUAAAAUUUUACAAUAUUUUCAAUAUUAUAUCAUAAAUAAUUAUAAUAUUGAUUUAAUGAAUACUGUUACUACUAUGACUACAAUAAAGGAUGAUGAUGAUGAUAAUGACAAUGAUGAGAUUGAUCAAGAUAAUGAUGUUUUGUCCAAAGAAUCAUUCAAAUUGAAUUCCCGAUUUAUCUAA